GUUUGUUCGAUUAUACAAAGUAAUUUGGUGUUUUUUUUUUUAAAACAACUUUAUAUUUCUUUAGAAUUGUAACAACUAUCCAAUGAUUAUUUUGUUAGCAUCAAAGGCUUUAUCACUCAAGGCUCUCAGCUUAGGUUCCAAAGUUUUUGACACAGCUUUAAACACAUGUUUGCAUCUCAGAAAAUCACUUCAAUAAAAAAACGAUGAACAGGUAAACACAAAAGGAUGCCUUCCAAAAAGAAAAAACUUUCAAAAAGAAAGCUAAAAGUUAAAUCUGAUUUACUUAGUAAAGGAAAACUGAAAUGCUGUCAUAACGAAACUAAAUGUACAACAUCGAAUAAUUAUGAAAAAACGACACCGACUUCCACUGGAAUUAAAAGUUCUUUAGACGAAGGCGGACUUAAACGAAUUCUUUCUCCUUUUAAUAAAUUUGCAAAUACAUCAUCAAAUCCUCGGAAAAACACGGUCAUUAAUAGUCCCUAUCGGUGUAUUGGACUAUCAUCCAAAGAAAAAAGUUAUAUUAUAAGUAACUGCCAAGCAAGAUCUACAAGGUAUUCGAAAUUGAAAAAUAUUGCAUUAAACGCUAUUCAGAAUCGCAAAAUAUUUUCUAUCUAUGGCCCAUGCAAUACUAUCAGAAAAUUAUUAUUGCAAAGAGGCUGGGUCGAAAAAAUUAACCCAGAUCAUAUGAAUUUGCUUAAAUUAAGAAACGGAAAUGUUUCCAACAAGACCGAAAUACACGGUGAACUUGAAAGAUUGCUGUUAUCAAACCUAGUUGAAAGCUAUAUACCGAAUUUCGUUUGGUACAAUAAAGAAAACGUUCAAAAUUCAAAUUUGAAUGUGAAAAAUGAAAACAUAACUGUCUGUAACAAAUUAAAAAUUGAUACAGCUUGGACAACAAAACAAGGCCUAUGUUCGUUGAUAAAACAAAAAGACUGGUUUUACAUAGAGAACACUGCAGAUGUAAUCGUUCCUCGCACUUACAAUAGUUACGAAGGCUGUGAAACCGAAGCAUUUGUGAAUGACUACAAAGUAACUGCGUGCACCGGUUUACUCAAGUGGAUACUUUCAAUGGUCGCUAACGAGAAGGCGGUGUUUUGUGAGACUGGAAAGAUUUCUUUGAACGUUAUGGUGUUUGCAUUAAAUAGAUGUAAAGAAUAUCUGUUCCAAAAACAACAUCUAGACAUCGAUCGCUCUCUGACCAGCGUAAAUUCGAAUCAAUGGAAUAACUUCUUGAAAAAAUAUUAUCGCAUUGUCUCCAGAAACGAACUAUUUCAUCUUACUAAAGAAGAAAAAAUACCAAUUUAUUUAAGCUAUGCCCAAUUUUUACUGAAGGAAAUACAAAAGUAUCGACCGCAAAUUAUUUGUGAAGGGUAUAACAACGUUUGGAUUCUGAAACCUGCUCAUUGCUCUAGAGGUAGAGGAAUACGGAUUGCUUCCAAAUUAGGAGUAAUUAAUGAUUUAAUAGCUAAAGCUAAUAGCAAAUAUGUUAUUCAAAAGUAUAUUGAAGAGCCUAUGUUAAUACACGAAACAAAAUUUGAUAUAAGGCAAUAUUAUUUGAUUACCAGUACAUAUCCUUUGAUUAUUUGGAUAUAUAAAGACUGUUAUUUGAAGUUCAGCUCUCAGAAAUAUAACCUUGGAAACUACCAUGAAUCUAUACAUUUAACUAACAACGCCGUACAAAGGAGAUAUAUGAACUGUGAAGAGCGCCAUCCUGAUCUACCCAAUAACAAUAUGUGGGAUUUGGAUACCUAUAAAGAUUAUUUAAAGGCAAUCGGCAAACCCUCGGUGUGGGAUGAUUUAAUAUAUCCCGGUAUGAAAAAGACAAUCACAGGUGUGAUGCUUAGUAGCCAAGAAACAAUGCCGGCUUGCAAGAAUCGCUUUGAACUGUACGGUUGCGAUUUCCUACUGGACAAAGAUUACAAGCCUUGGUUAAUCGAAAUCAAUGCAUGCCCUGAUCUCAACAGUACCACACGAGUCACCGCGAAAAUUUGUCCGGCCGUUUUAGCUGAUGUCAUUAAAGUUGUGAUAGAUUAUGCUGCUGACAAAAAUGCUUCGACCGGCAAUUUCGAAUGUGCAUACCGACAGACAAUAACCACACCUAACUACGGCGGAGCUGCUGAUUUUAUAGUUAAAGGUUUUCCUGUACCUCACGAUUAUUUCUAUAAAGGAAAUAUAAAACUAGAAGAAUCUUUUGAAGACAUCGAUAUGGAUAAGCCACGAGACGUUCAAGCUGUAUUGAAGAAAUUAAAACGGUUUUAUAACAGUAGUAACUGUACUGACAGAAUGUUACCUCUAGAAAAUAAUGAGUUAUAUUGUGACAAAGACGAUAUUAAUAGAAAAUCAUCACAUAAAACCGUGAGAUCGUUUCUCGAUGAUGACGCUGAAAAUUUGUUCAUAAAUGAUGAACGGAAGGAAAUGGAGACUUCUUUAGAAAAUUUCCCGAAUUUCAAAUCGCAUUUAUUCGAUAAUUAUAAGUUGUGUUCUGAAACAUCUUUGACUCGCUUAAAAAGUACUAAAAGUCUGACUAAUAUUAAAACACUGAUGAAAGAAUCAAACGAAACGUUUUUUGGUUCAGCACAUUUUGAAUCGGAUCGGUUGUUUAGUUUUACUAAAUUAGACGAAGUUUGUUCUCUGAGUCCCAGUUUAAUGGAUUAUUGAAUCUAUAAGAAAAAAAAGAUGAAUUGAAACUCU